UGCGCCCUGGCCCCCGAGCUGCGCGCGCGCCAGCUGCACCUGGGCGCCGAGCACGCGCUGCUGCUGGGCGCCGACGGCCAGGUGUUCUCCUGGGGCGGAGGCAGGCACGGACAGCUCGGCCACGGGACGCUGGAGGCGGAGCCGCAGCCGCGGCGGCUGGAGGCGCUGCACGGCCUGACCAUGGUGGAGGCUGCGGCCGGCGGCUGGCACUCGGUGUGUCUGAGCGAGACUGGCGAUGUUUACAUCUGGGGCUGGAAUGAGUCAGGGCAGUUAGCGCUGCCCACCAGGAGACUGGCAGAGAAGACAGCCCCCGGGGAAGGAGGUGGAGAUGGCGCCGACACGAAGGGAGGAGCCAGCACUGAGGAUGGAGCCCCGGCCACCUUCAUAGCUGUCCAGCCCUUCCCCGCCCUACUGGACCUUCCCCUGGGCUCCGAGGCCAUCAAGGCCAGCUGUGGGUCCCGGCACACGGCCGUGGUAACGCGAGCAGGGGAGCUCUACACCUGGGGCUGGGGUAAAUACGGACAGCUUGGCCACGGCGACGGCACCAGCUUGGACCAGCCCCGGCGGGUAAAGUACUUCGUGGACAACCAGCUCCACGUAAAGGCCGUCACGUGUGGGCCUUGGAACACUUACGUGUACACAGUGGAAAAGAGGAAGAGCUGACAUCUGUGCGGGUGUACAUCUGUGUUCUGUAAAUCCCUUAUAAAGAAGCGCACAAAGCAGACUAGUGAAGUGCCUCGGACCGGCUCUGUCAGGACAACGGAGGACACCUAGUGGAGGAACUGGAAUAGGUGGGGAGAUGGCAAA